AGAAGAAGAAGCGCCUUGUGUAUUUCCGGUUAGCAAAAAUGGCUCAGGGUUCACAAAAGUUUAAAGCCCAGCGGCCAGGAGGCCCCAAGAAACAACACCAAAACAAACAGAAAGGACCGAAGAAAGGCGGGAGGAUCAUCGCACCUAAGAAGGCUCAAGUGGUUCAGCAGCAGAAACUGAAGAAGGGCCUAGAAGUUGCCAUCAGGAACAAGAUUGAACAGGAGGUGACCCAGAAGGCCAGCUCCUCCCUCCACAAGCCGCUGAGUGUGGUUAAAGGGUCUGAAGCUAAGGGAAACCCAGGAGCAGCCCGUCCAGGAACCAGCUCCAAAUAGGAAAAGAUACACCUCCUCACAACUACAGACCUAAAUCUGAUGGUGGUACAAUACAAAGGACUGAGCUAAAGCAUCAGUGAGCUACACUUAAUUUCACAUGUCACCUGUCCUGUUUCCAAAUGUUUCACCUGACUUCAGACAUAUAGAAAUAAUCUGAGAAAUUUUUGUAAAGAUGCUUAUUUAAGUUAAUCAAAGACACAUUCAAAACAACAGAUGAGACAUUUCAGGAUAAAUUGCAUUACUGGGCUGUUGAAAUCACAAAAACAUCCACUUGGGGGCACCACAUUACACUUGCUGAAAUCAUUAAAACAGAAUGGACAUAAGAAACCACAAAUAGUAUUUUUGUAAUUUCAUGUGAAAAAGGUUUCUAGAAUUCUGUCACAUUUCUGUAUAGUCAUUACUAUAC